UGCUUGUUUCCACUGCAGCAGUGACAGACGAAAACAAAAUGCGAUAGUCUAACUUCACAGAUGAGCUGUGAUCAAUGACAGCCUUAUUACCGAGCUCCGGUUUAUUUCAUUGGCCGAUUAUUUAAAUGUCAUUUCUCUGGACCUGACGUGUGUGGCAGUAACAAAACGAAACAUGCAGUUCUCUCCCACCAACGGAGAUUUCACAUUCGUCUCCUCGACAGAGGCUGAAGAGCUCAGCGGCACAAUCAGCACCCCAGACGUUAAACUCAACAUGGGCAGUGACAGCGGUAAAGACCCGUAUGCCACCACCUUCCUGAGGCAACGAGGCUACGGCUGGCUGCUGGAGGUGGAGGAGGAGGACAGUGAAGAGAGCAAACCGCUUCUGGAUGAGCUGGACAUUGACCUGAAGGACAUCUAUUACAAGAUUCGAUGUGUGCUGAUGCCAAUGCCAUCGCUGGGUUACAAUCGGCAGGUGGUCAGAGACAACCCAGACUUCUGGGGCCCUCUGACCGUGGUGCUGCUCUUCUCCAUGAUCUCCAUCUAUGGACAGUUUAGGGUUGUGUCUUGGAUCAUCACCAUCUGGAUAUUUGGGUCGCUAACUAUAUUCCUGCUGGCUCGUGUUCUUGGUGGUGAGGUUUCGUAUGGCCAGGUUCUUGGAGUGAUUGGAUAUUCCCUUCUUCCUCUCAUCGUCAUAGCGCCUCUGCUCUUAGUGAUUGGAGGGUUCGAGGUAGUUUCAACACUAAUCAAACUGUUCGGAGUGUUCUGGGCUGCAUACAGCGCCGCUUCACUGCUCGUCGGAGAUGAAUUUAAAACAAAGAAGCCCCUUCUCAUAUAUCCCAUUUUCCUUUUGUAUAUCUACUUCCUGUCACUAUAUACUGGUGUUUGACUGAAUAAAUUGGAACUGUGGACCUUUUCAAGGACUGUGGAGCAUGGGGGGAGAAAAAAAUCAAACUACGAAUCCAGGAUUUUUUUAAAAAGGUGUUUAUUUCUUUUUUAGGAUGUGGGGAUGUUGGGAAUAUAUAUCAAUGUAUAUAGUUUUGUCCCUCAUGUCUUUGGUCAAUAAAAUGCAUAUGCUUUUACAGCUUAAACUUCAGUAUGCAGACUUCUCGUUCACCAGCGCAAUACAGUCCCUUUAGCCCUGCAUUAGUUGUAGUUCCUGAAGCUGGAAGUAGGUGCAGGAUUGGAUAUUAAUGUCAUGAAUUCUGAAGUCUUAUUAACAUUGAAGGAUGUGGUGCCAAAUAUUUGUGUAUAUAUGUUCACGCUGAAGAGGGAAUUUGAGAGAAGAGACAGCACCACAACACAGUAAUGUUCCUUGUUAUGCACUGUAAUGUACUAUGAGAAAUGUCCAUUUAUGCUUUUCAGUUUUUACAGACUUGUUUUCUUAAUUUAUGGAGUUGUGCAGCAGAAGCAGGUUGAAUGGGGCCAUUAGUGAUAUAAACCAUUGUCUACUAAAUGUGGUGCCUUGUUCUCCCACCCCUAAUUCCUGUUUGUCAGCUUUAUAACACGGGAAUAUAAUCAUUUGAUCAAUACUUCCAGUAAAUUAAUAGAGUAAUUUGUCACUUAA